AUGGCUCAAGAUAAUGCUGCAUGCAACCAUGCAAGUGGUGUCACUGAAAACAAAGGUGGAGGUGGAGGUGGAGGGGGUGAGUCUAACAAAAAUGCAUCUGCUGCAAAGAAAGUGGAGGAGGUGAAGCCACAUGCUGUGCAUGAGCAAUUGCCUGGAAUUCAAUAUUGCAUCAAGAGUACUCCCCCAUGGCGUGAAGCAAUGCUAUUGGGGUUUCAGCAUUACCUUCUGACUCUUGGGGUUACCGUUCUGAUUCCAACUAUACUUGUUCCUCAAAUGGGUGGAGGAGUUGCUGAGAAGGCAAGGGUGUUUCAGACACUUUUGUUUGUUUCUGGAAUAAGCACAUUACUUCAAUCUUUGUUUGGAACUCGACUUCCAAUUGUAGUUGUUGGUUCAUACACUUACAUAAUACCUAUAACUUCUAUUAUCCAAGCCAGAAGAUACAAUUCAUAUACAGAUUCAUAUGAGAGGUUUAUUCAGACAAUGAGAGCUAUUCAAGGUUCCCUGAUCAUAACUGCAUGUUUCCAGAUGGCUGUUGGAUUUUUUGGUUUUUGGAGGAAUGCUGUUAGGUUCUUCAGUCCACUCAGUGUAGUCCCUUAUAUAACUUUCACUGGACUCAGUCUCUAUCGUUUUGGUUUCCCAAUGGUAACAAAAUGUGUUGAAAUUGGGCUUCCAACACUAGUUAUCUUUGUUUUCAUAUCGCAGGCAAGUAGUUGGUCUUUCACUCUUGCAAUAGUUGUUGACCUGUUUAAUUUGUCUGACUUAAUCUUGUACGCUAAUCAUUAUAUUGGCAUCAAGAAGCUUAUGUAUGACCGAUAUUCAGUGCUCUUCACUGUUACAAUUGCAUGGUUAUUUGCACUGUUUCUAACUUCAUGCACUGUGUAUAACCACAAGUCAGAAAGUACACAGAAUAAUUGCCGCACAGAUCGUGCUGGCCUUGUUACUGCCGCUCCAUGGGUGUAUUUUCCUGGUUUCUUCCAAUGGGGGGCUCCUACUUUCCAUGCUGGGGAGGCUUUAGCUAUGAUCGCUGCUUCAUUCGUUUCUUUUUUUGAGUAUACUGGUACAUGUUAUGCUGCGGCAAGAUAUGGAAGUGCCACGCCAGUGCCACCCUCUGUGAUAGGCCGUGGAUCUGGUUGGGUGGGAGUAAGUGCUUUGCUCAGUGGCGUGUUUGGUUCUAUAACUGGAUUUACGGCAUCAGUGGAUAACGCUGGUUUGUUGGCGUUGACAAAAGCAGGAAGCCGAAGAGUCGUCCAAAUAUCAUCUGGUUUUAUGAUUUUCUUCUCUAUUUUCGGUAUGUUCAAUGAUGCUGUGACUGUCAUGUUCAUGUCCCACACAACAGUUGCAGCCUUGGUUGCUUUCGUUUUGGAUGUCACACUGUCUCGUGAGGAUGAUUGUGCACGUAAAGACAUCGGUUUGCAGUGGUGGGAGAGGUUCAGCUUGUACAGCGCAGAUAUUAAGAAUGAUGAGUUCUACUCUUUACCAUGCAGACUUGAUAAGCUUUUUCCACCCUCUUAG